AUGCAAGUAAAGACGGGAUUGGAGUCGUCACCUACCUUCGCCAAAUCAGUGAGUCAGGAAACGUUAACGUUGCAUUCCUGUUCGGUCAAGCCAGGAUGGCUCCCUCGCAACCGACAACAAUUCCUCGACUUGUCCUCCCAGUCAGUGAAGAAGCUGUUAGAAGAAUUGAAUCUACCAAUCCAUGAAGUCGUUUUUUACACAGACUCCAAGGUUGCGCUUGGUUAUAUACAGAAUGACAGCAGGCGCUUCUAUGUGUAUGUCGCCAAUCGCGUCCAAGUCAUUAGAAGCAUCUCUGACCCAACGCAAUGGAGAUAUGCUGGGACCACCUUGAAUCCCGCGGAUCUCACAACCAGGGAAGUAACUGAAGAACAUUUGAAAGACUCAAGAUGGCUACAUGGCCCAGAGUUCCUGAGAGAAGCAUCACCCAAUACCCUUUCUACCGUUGAAAAAAUCGCCUUAGACCUGCAAGAUCCAGAGUUCAGACGUCAAGUCACUACCUAUACCACAGAUGUAGUUACAAUACCGGGACUGGGUGCUGAAAGAUUCAGUCGUUUUUUCCAGUUUCACGUCUCUGCGACAAGCCCUAGCCAAUUUAACUGUCAUGGUGAAAGAGCGUAA